AAGAAAGUGAUCAAAGGUCUAAAGAAAACAUGUGUACAUCUUAGCUACAAAUAACAAAUAAAUAAGAACAACCAACUAACCUAAACCUCAUACAUAAUUUAAAAAACAGGCACCUUAUCACACGUCACCAGGCCAUUAUCGAUCACUUAAAAUAAAAAAACAACUUUUCUCAUAAUCGUCCAACCAACGAACGACUCAAUCAGUCUCUCAGCAGAACUCGAUUCAAGAGGAUCGUUAUUCGUUAAACAAAAAUAUACCUAGUGAUACAUUUUAAAAAUAAAUCAUACAUCGUUCAAAAGUAUAAACGAGUUUUUCAUUAUUUUCCUUCAGUGAUUUUCUUUUGUCAAGUUGAAAAUAAAUAUAUAAAACAAAAAAAAUGAAUCGUUCACCAGUUGCUUUAGCAAGAAACACCACAAACGGCUGUGCUGCAAUGAAUGGUGUCGCACUUCUUACUAAGACAAACGAUUCAUUUGGCGUAGGCAAACAUUCCUGUCCUAUUAUGAUUAAUCACAACGACGACGGUGACAAAAACAAAGUGAAAAAUCCAGAAAUGGCUGCAAAAAUUAUAAAACAAUCAAAUAUAGUGUGCUUCGAUGUGGAUUCAACGGUGAUCCAAGAAGAAGGCAUAGACGAGUUGGCUGACUUCUGUGGCAAAGGGACCGAGGUGUCCCGUGUAACCAAAGAGGCAAUGGGAGGUUCAAUGACAUUUCAAGACGCUCUAAAAGUAAGACUCAACAUCAUACGACCAAGCCAAAGUCAAGUAGCAGAUUUCAAAAAACUUCGCCCUAGUAAACUGACAAAAGGUGUAAAACAAUUCAUUGGCUACCUUAAGGCCGAGGGCAAACAAGUGUUCUUGAUCUCUGGUGGAUUUGAUUCGCUUAUUGAACCUGUGGCAACUGAAUUAAACAUACCCAUGUGCAAUGUAUUUGCCAAUAAAUUAUGUUUCAAUGAAAAUGGCGACUAUGCUGAUUUCGAUACAACAAAACCAACAUCGAGAUCCGGUGGCAAAAGCGAAGCUGUAGCGAUAGUAAAACGACAAAAUGAUGCUUCAUCUAUAAUUACUAUGAUUGGCGACGGAGCGACUGAUCUAGAGGCUGUUCCUCCAGCUGAUUAUUUUAUUGGAUUCGGAGGCAACGUUGUGCGCACUGAAGUAUUCAACAGAGCAAAGUAUUUCGUAACUGAUUUCGAUCAGCUGUGGGCUAAGGAUGAGUAAUCAAUCCAUAAUCCAACCGAUUCCUAGUAGAUUUUUGUUUUGUAUAAAAUAGAUUUAAUUUAAUUGUUGAUUUAUGAGUGCUACUAACAGUAUACAAAAUAGUGUAAAUAUGAAUGUAUUAUGUCUAAGAAAAUUUAUUACAGAAGAAAAUAUAGUGUUUUCAUUAUGAAUGAAGUAAUCAAAAUGAAUAAAGCACAUUUAUUGCAUUUAAGAAUA